CUCCUCCUCUUUUAAAUCUUUACCCACUACUCCUGUGAAGCACUUUGAAGUGGACAGCAAGUGGGUAAGACCACCUGAAAACCCUGAGAACAAUGGAGAAAUCAGCCGACAGACCAAACAAGAAAAAAGUUGUAGCAGUGGUGGGCGGAGGAUUGGUUGGUGCACUGAAUGCCUGCUUCUUUGCCAAAAGAGGAUUUGAUGUGGAGGUCUUUGAAACUCGGGAUGAUAUCCGGACAGCUAAAGUUGUGAAGGGGAGAAGCAUCAACCUGGCUUUAUCUCACAGAGGUCGACAGUCACUGAAAAGUGUUGGAAUGGAGGAUAAGAUUGUCUCCAAUGGAAUCCCCAUGAAUGCCAGAAUGAUCCACUCACCGAAUGGGAAACAGUCUCCAAUCCCCUAUGGCAAGAAAGGCCAGUACAUCCUGUCAGUAGACCGAGCCAAUCUGAACAAAGAGCUGCUAACAGCGGCAGAGACGUAUCCAAACACAAAGUUGAACUUCGACCACAAACUGCAGGACUGGAGUCCUGAAACAGGGCUAAUGACCUUUGUCAGGCCAGAUGGGUCCUUGGAGGAGAUCAAGGCAGACCUGAUUGUAGGUUGUGAUGGAGCUUUCUCCGCCAUCCGCAAGCAAUUCCUUCGUCGCAGCCGCUUCAAUUACAGCCAGACCUACAUCCCCCAUGGCUACAUGGAGCUCACCAUGCCACCCAUUAAUGGAGAGUUUGCCAUGAAGCCUAAUUAUCUGCACAUCUGGCCACGAAACACAUUCAUGAUGAUCGCCCUGCCCAACUUGGACAAGACAUUUACCUGUACCCUCUUCAUGCCGUUUGAAGAGUUUGAGAAGAUCACCACAGGAGAUGAAGUCAUGGAGUUUUUCCAGAAAUACUUCCCUGACGCCAUACCACUAAUAGGAGUGGAUGCUCUCAAGAGGGAUUAUUUCCGAUUGCCUGCGCAGGCCAUGGUGUCUGUCAAGUGCUCCCCAUAUCACAUUGGCGACAAGUGUGUCCUUAUGGGCGAUGCUGCCCACGCAGUGGUGCCUUUCUAUGGGCAGGGAAUGAACGCUGGCUUUGAGGACUGCAUUGUCUUUGACGAAAUAAUGGAUCAGUUGAAUGAGGAUUUCAGUGCUGUACUGCCUGAGUAUACCAGAGUGAGAGUUCCAGACGACCACGCAAUCGCAGACCUGGCCAUGUACAACUACAUUGAAAUGCGAGCACAUGUCAACUCCAAAUGGUUCCUUUUCCGAAAAAAUGUUGAUGACAUCCUCCACUUCCUCAUGCCUGGGACAAUAAUUCCACUUUACACAAUGGUCACCUUCACCAGGACAAGGUACCAUCAAGCCGUGGAGCUCUGGCAUUGGCAAGACAGAGUGAUAAACCGUGGUCUGCUGUUCUGUGCUACAGGAGCCCUUCUGGGAGGCUCCUACCUGCUUGUGAAAAAUCCUCCAGAUAUUAACAAGCUUAGCAUCCCCGCUGAGAAACUGUGGAACAGGCUUUUGGCCGUUUGGACCACUUGAGCACUGGCACUGUGUCUGAUCUGAGAGUGAAGUGCAAAGAUCGCUGCUUCAAACACUUUGAUGAACUGAACGGGUCCAAAUUUUAAUUAAAACCUCUAAUUCAGACAGGCAAAUUGGUAACAUACUGUAAUAAUGAUUGUCGUAUCUUAUACCAGUCAUAAUGACUUUCUGGAUUUAUUCAGUGGAUUUAGAUGAGAUUAAUAUUAUCCAUGAUCCACCGUUUGGCUCAACCAAGUAUUAAUUACACACUGGUGAAAUCUUAUAGAAGCACAUUAUCAAUCACUAUGUGUUCAGUGUGCACAAUUUUAAAUGUGAAAAAAACCCGUCAGUAUUAAACUCAGGCUCACAGACAGGGUCUAAGAUACAUAAUGUAGAAGUUCAUAGAUAAAUGCACAUAGACACCACACUGGGUUGCUGCUAGUCAUUGUAUCAAUAAAGUACCAGACUCUUAUCUGUGAUACAGAAUACAUUGUUAAUCAACACUGAUGAUUUUCAUACCAAAAUACCUUCAAGA